UGCGGUCGCGCAGCACAUUCAGAGAGGGAAAGCAAAAGUCAUCCAUCCUACUGGUCAUUCAGCAAACGCUGUCGCGUUCCAUUCUUGAAACAUCGAGCAGUCAUUGGUAGACACUGGAAUCUGUCAACGAGUAGACACCUCCUCAGCUGGAAUCAUAGGUUAGUUUGAGACGCUCUUAGAAGAUGUCCUUCUACUGUACUAGAUGAAGAGGAAGGCAAAGAACUGCAGGACUGGUAAAAUGAAGGCAAGGGCCCAGUGAAGAGCCACAGGCAACGUAGUGACAGACGACCAAGCUGAAUCUCAACCCUUUAGGGGUCAGGCCUUAAGGACUGCUGGCGCGGUGGGAAGGCGUGAGCUGAGAUGUCUCUGAGACAAGCUGAGGGCAUGUCCAUCAUGCAGGCCCUGGCUAUGACGGUGGCCGAGAUCCCUGUGUUUCUCUACUCAACCUUUGGCCAGUCCAUCUUCUCUCAGCUGCGCCUCUCUCCCAGCCUGAAGAAGGUUCUGUUCGCCACCGCGCUGGGCAGUGUAGCCCUGGCGCUGACUGCCCACCACUUGAAACGGCGUGGCAGGAAGCGGAAACAGUUGGGGUCCAAAGAUGCCCAGAAGACCGUACCCAUACCAGAGCUGAUCCGCUCGGGACGGCCCGCCUCCCUGAAGAGAGGGCCCACGCCGGGGCGACAGAUUAUGAGCCCCAGCACUCGCAGCCAGGACACCGUGAGCAGCAUCUCCUCCCUGGCGCAGAGCAAGCAUUCCAGUUCCUCACACAGCAUUGCUUCAAUGCGUGUACCUAUUUCUCCCAACCUUUCGCCCAGUCAGUCAAUGCCUUUGGAGGUGGCAGCUCUAGCCGAAGAAUCGGGAAUAGUAGACGAUGUCAAUGCAGAGAACCUUUACCUCAUGGGUAUGGAGUUAUUUGAAGAGGCUCUGCAGAAAUGGGAGCUGGCCCUGAACAUCCGGCAUCGCUCUCGCUCACGGAAUGACUCUACUAGCAGUAACAGCUUAGCCCUGCAGGGGGCAGCAAAUGCACUUCCAGUUGAGAUGCAAAACACACAGUUUGCCCAGAAGCUUGAGUCCCUGCUACACAGAGCCUACAACCUGCAGGAAGACUUUGGCUCAACCAUCCCUCCUGAAAGCCUGCUUGCUGAUCUGGAGAGCGAAGGAACGCUGAUAUUGCCAAACGUCGAGAUCUCCAGUCGAUUACAUGACGACGAUGCCACAACAAUUGCAUCGGAUGAGUCUUUUUUCUCUGCCGCAGAGUGGUUUGAUUCUCUAGAGGAAUGUGUAUAUCAGCCCCUGCGACCAUCUGCAUUGUAUGAGGAGGCGUUGCAGCUGGUGCGUGAGGACAAGGUGGUCUGCAGAUCCCUCAGGACAGAAUUAUUGGAGUGCUAUAGUGACCAUGACUUUCUGGCCAAACUACACUGCAUCAGACAGGCAUUUGAGAUUCUCCUUGUUGAUGAGGCCCAUCGGACGUUUUUCGUGGAGACAGGGAAACAGAUGAUCUCUGGACUCAUGGCCAAAGCCAAUAAGAGUCCAAAGGCCUUCCUGGAGAGUUAUGAGGAGAUGCUGCUGUAUACCCAGAGGGAGGAGACCUGGCCCACUACCAAGAUGGAGUUAGAAGGACGAGGGGUGGUGUGUAUGAACUUCUUUGACAUUGUAUUGGACUUCAUUCUAAUGGAUGCCUUUGAGGACCUUGAAAGCCCCCCUUCAUCCGUUGUUGCUGUCUUGAGGAACCGUUGGCUAUCUGAUAGCUUCAAAGAAACUGCUCUUGCCACAGCUUGUUGGUCUGUACUGAAGGCUAAGAGGCGUUUACUGAUGGUCCCUGAUGGGUUUAUUUCCCACUUCUACUCAAUCUCGGAACACGUCAGUCCAGUUCUUGCCUUUGGGUUCUUGGGGCCCAGGCAGCACCUGAGUGAGGUGUGCAUAAUCUUCAAGCAACAAGUGCUGCAGUACCUCAAAGACAUGUUUGAUCAUGAUAAAGUGCGGUUCGUCUCCUGUCCAUCUUUGGCCGAAGACCUCCUCAGGCUCUCGCACCGCCGUAGCGACAUCCUACUUGGCUACCUGGGAAUAGAUAGCCUGAUUGCAUCCAAUGGUGCAUUACCAAGCAACAAUACACACAGCCCAACAUUGGAGCAAGACAAAGAACAGGUCAACUCCGAUGCUGCACAUGAAUGAGACUAGGACUGUUGUCCUGGGCCACUGCAGCGCAUCCAGACUGGUUGUACAAACAAUACCUCUAAACCAGCACUGCAUACCGGACCCCCUGAACCAGCUCUGCUAGCUGGAUCUGUGAAGUAGACCUACUGUAAUGGACUUCAGGUUACCUCUGUAGCCAGGACCAUCCCACAAAGGAAAGUUUUGUGAACCGGACCUUCUUAACCAGCUCUUUACCUUAAACCGAUCCUAGCAAACCGAACCUGUUAAACUAGCCCUACAAACUGGACAAGCCUGUCCAGACAUUCACAGUCAAGAUAGACCCCUUAAAGCUGAGUCAUCCCUUGUUCUUGAAGCAGGAGUUGUACCUGAGAACCAAGGCUAACUGAUGCUCUGAUAUCUGAUCCUGAUCCCUUGCCUUUACACACACACGGACACGGACACAUGGUCACACGCAUGUGUACACUUGUGGAUGUGAACAAAAUGGUUUGUGUUCCUCUUUGGGUUUUGAAAUGUUGGGGGGGAGAAACGUGUCUUGAAUAUCAGUUUUAAUAUUAUCAAUCUUGUAUUUGUGUGUAUGUAAAUGUAUGUAUAUUUGUUUGUUUGUGUUAUUGCAUAUAACAUCACUGAAUGCAAUAAUAUGUGGUUGCAAGGUGGAUGGGUGUCAUGUGGUUGGGGUACCACACCCAAGUUUUGGCCAAAUUGAAGUGAAGGGUAUGAAUUACUAAUGAUUGAGCUUUGGUUAUUUAUUCCAUGAUAAUGGAAUGGCACUAUCCUAUUGAAUUGAAAGGGACAUUUCCCAGAAUGAAUUGAGAAGAGUAGCUGUUAGUUGUGGCAUGUGAGGAGUGAUGAAUCAUCACAUCAUGCUCUUAUGUUACCUGCUCUCACUGAGGCAUUCUGGGAUGGAGGAGUGUUUGUUUUCUUCUCCAAAUCUAAAUAGGCUGACUAGGGCAAUCACAUCGCUGUGACAACUCAGUGUCUGGUUUUGGAACUUUAUCUGGCUUAUUACUCUUCCUAUACAUUUCUUCACUCUUUAUGUUUUCACUGCUGUCUCUCUGUUUGUUUUUUUGGUCUGUUUGUCUUUCUCCCUUUAUCUCGUUCACCUACUAACACACCUUCAAACCAGUCACCACUCAUUUUACACACCCACCCACCCACACACAUUGUAACUUCCUCCUACACCCACUUGUGAGCUAAGCGUUCACACUUGACCGUUGUGGUUGUGGCAGCUGUGGGAGCAUACAUGCUGUGACAUAAUCAGUGUACACACCCUCAUUUACACCCCCCUCGCCUCUGAUCUCCUUGAAGGGGCAGGGACAAAAUGGCAUUGAGGCUGACACUCUGCCAAUGAAAAUGGCUGCUGUCAUCAUAGACCUGGUAACUGUAAAUAUAAUCGUAAUUUUUGACAGGACGUCUUAAUAUGUUAUCGGUUAUUUUCCCCAAAAUGCCUUCUGAUCUGUAAUGUGUUUGUUGCCGACACCCGCUAACUCUGCCUCUGCUCCUUUUGCACUUUAUGAAGUAGGAACAUCGCACACAGUGUUGGUGUUAUCCAUUGUGAUUUUAUGUGAUUUUACUUUUUUUAUUUUGUGUUGAACCAUUUCUGGCGUAGGUCAGCCUGUAAUGUUGGCCUAUCUGAGAUCUUAAAGGCUAAGUUGACUUCUGCGGUUUACUAAGUUAAUGAUUGCACUCCGUGUAAUACUGUAUAUAAAGUAAUUCUACCAUAUGAGGUUAUCAGGUGAGGAGAAUGUUAGGAGGUCUGUGUUCAAAACUAGAACUCUAAUCCUUAAAACAAUAUAAACUUGACCAUACAGUAAACUGACCUCUUUUUUGGAGUUUUGCAUUGAUGCUCCAGACAUCGCCCUAUCACUGGUAUAAUCACAGCAGGGAAAAGGCGCAGCAGUAAUUUUCCAUUAAGUAGAGGGAAGCAUCACUUCACAGGAAACGCCUAGUAGGGUUCCUCCAUUGGUUCUUGUGAUGCUGUAAUGAAGCCAAUGGACCUUUUUCUGUAAUGGCUUUUUUAGAGGCUGUCCCAAAAACUGAAAAUGCAUGAAUACACAUAGGUUGCUCGCUGUUGAUGAUAUGAAGAUAAAAUCUGCAGUGUUUCCUCUUGAAUCUGUGUAUGUAUGCAAGGAUCAUGUAAAUGCCUUUGUUGUAUACCUUUUUUCAACAAUGCCAGAGCAAAAUGUUGACAUUGUACUUUCAUGAAAUGGUAUUUUGUUGUUUUCAUAAUGAAAUAUACUCAUGCCUUCUCCCAAGCUG